ACUCCCUGCCACGUCGAAACUCUUUUUGCUCCCUCUCAACACUACAUACACCAUGGCGCCUCCUCCUCAACCAGUCUACAUCCUCUCCGCCGUCCGCACCCCUGUAGGGCAAUUCCUAGGCUCCCUGUCCUCCCUCUCCGCCAUCCAACUCGGCAGCCACGCCAUUCGCUCCGCCGUGCAACGCGCCAACAUCGAACCCUCCGAGGUCGAAGAAGUCUUCUUCGGUAACGUUCUCCAAGCGAACCUCGGCCAGAAUCCAGCACGACAAUGCACAAUCUACGCCGGCCUGCCCGAGUCCACCGUCGCGACUACAAUCAACAAAGUUUGCGCAUCCAGCGUCAAGGCAAUGGCGAUAGCCGCGCAAACGAUCCUAUGCGGUAAUGCGGAGGUAGUGGUCGCAGGCGGCACGGAGAGCAUGAGUAACGCGCCACACUAUGUGACGGGUAUGCGGAAUGGUGUGAAGUUCGGCAACCAGUCGAUGGUGGACGGCGUGCUGAAAGACGGCUUGACCGAUGUAUACAAGAACGAGCAUAUGGGUCUGCAAGGCGAGGAGUGUGCCGACGACCACGGCUUCAACCGGGAAGAGUCAGAUGCGUACUGCAUCCGGAGCUACAAGAAGGCGCAAUGGGCGCAAGAGAGCGGGUGGUUCAGAGAGGAGAUUGCGCCUGUCACGAUACCUGGCGCGAAGGGUAAGCCGGACACUGUAAUCGACAAGGAUGACGAGCCGAAGAAUUUCAACGAGUCGAAGACGAAGACUCUCCGGCCUUCGUUCAAGAGCGACGGCACGGUGACGGCGGCCAAUGCUUCACCGCUAUCCGACGGCGCGGCGGCGUUUGUGCUGGCAAGUGAGGAGUAUGUCAAGAAGCAUAAUCUACAGCCCUUGGCGAAGAUACUCGGCUGGGGCGACGCGGCGAAGAAUCCGUCCAAAUUCACCACCGCGCCUGCGCUCGCCAUACCGAAAGCGCUGAAGCAUGCGGGCGUCAAGCAGGAAGACGUCGACGCCUUUGAGAUCAACGAAGCCUUUUCGGUAGUCGCGUUGGCUAAUAUGAAGCUGCUGGGCAUCUCGGAGGACAAAGUUAACCUGCAUGGUGGCGCUGUGGCGCUAGGUCAUCCGCUUGGUGCUUCGGGAGCGCGCAUUGUGACGACGUUGCUGGGUGUGCUCCGGGAGAAGAAGGGUAAGAUCGGAUGUGCUGGCAUCUGCAACGGUGGUGGCGGCGCGAGUGCGAUUGUGGUGGAGCUGCUCGAGUCGGGGUCGUGGACGAAUGGUGUGGCGAACGGGCAUGCGUAGCGCGCAGUGGGUGUUAAGUUAAGGGUGAGGACGUGGGAGCGACGGAACACCUUACCUGUUCGAUCGCGGAAUGCUUAGUUUAGCGUUGAGGUAAGCCUAAUGUUUACGCCUGUGAAUGAUUCUAGCACUCUAUGUUCCGUUUAUCUAACCUUAUGAACAUCACUCGUGUUGCUCUUCGUGCCUUGUAGAGAUGUUCAGGAAGCUCUACUCGCUGGGCGCGCUGGCCCGACACU